AUGUACAUUUUCAUUGCAGCCUUGCUACUUAACUCUGUUCUUUACAGCACAACUAUGUACCCAAAACUUCUGAUUGACUUUUUAUCUGAAAAACAAGUCACAACAUAUUCAACCUGUCUCUUUCAGUUUUUUUUAUUUUACACUCUAGGUGGUUCAGAGUUACCUCUCUUGACUGCCAUGGCCUAUGACAGAUAUGUGGCUAUAUGUAAACCUCUGGAAUAUCAAACUAUCAUGACAAAAACUACUGUGAGUAUUUUCCUUGUUUUGGCUUGGCUUGUACCUGCUUGUCAUAUUGCUGUCCAAGCAAUAGCGAGUGCUGAAGCUAAAUUGUGGGACUCUAAUAUAAAAGGAAUAUUUUGUAAUAAUGCAGUUUACACUCUUCAGUGUCAAAGAUCAAGAUUAAUUACUGUCUUUGGUGUGGUUAGUUUACUAGAUCUUGUAAUACUUCCUAUGCUCUUCAUAGUUUUCACAUACACAACAAUAUUUAUUGUUUCUUAUCAAAGUUGCAAAGAAAUUAGGAAGAAAGCUGCAGAGACUUGUUUACCCCAUCUCUUACACUGUUCCAAAAAAUAG